UGCUUCUCGCAUCCCGUUGCUUACCAACGACUCCACCAACUUCGCUUGCCUCACUGCGUGAACUUGCUCGACUCAGUCCGAGGCGAUUGUGCAUGUUUUGUGGAAGAGCGGUGACCAAUCUGAAAACGGCACCAACAAGCGCGUAGGUUUCCUACGCCAUCACUUUUCGGUGCUGUUGAACCAGCGCUGCAAAGACAUCGUUGGCGAGAAAAUGACAAGCUCGACUCAGCGACACAUCAAACCAUCCUUGGACGAUUUACCCAAACGGUUCGUGGUGGCCAUGAAGACUUUAUUCGAUAUUAUGGACGAUCAGAAGACCGGUUACAUCAGUCUUAAGGAUAUAGAGGCACGGUGGGCAAGCGGUCGCGACGACGGUGUCUCGUCGGUCGUUCCCAACGGCGUUAUCGAGUCCCUGCAGAAGGUUACACCGCCCAAUGGUCAGCUGACGUUCGAGCGCUUUUGCGCCGGCCUAAAGAUCUGUUUGCUUCGUCAUCGGGUGUCCAACCACCGGCAGCAGGGCGUUCUGCAGAGACAUCGGGGUGUCGUGCCGCCCACACCGCCGCAGCCUCUAGGUCAGGUCGGCGAACCAAGGGGUCGGCCUUCGUCCGUGCCGCUGCCUGACCGUGUCGAAAGGUCAAGCGGGCAAGGAAACGGCCUUUCGAAGCCCUCGGCCCGGGUUUACAGUGGCUCGGACCGGUCCCUUAAUAGGUUGUCGGCAGUUCGGCCGCCAUCCAACACGGCGACGGUACGGCCCAGCGUUGUGUCCACGCAGCAGAGGUCCGUUAGUGUGCCGCACCUCCAGAACGCCGCGGCAGGCAUCGAGCAGUCUAGGAUGACGGGUGAUCCGCGGCGGGCUCCCGCGAACGCGCGCGAGUUGCCGAGCAAGCUGAGGGGUUACCGCAGUGACAACAGGCUGCACCACGGAACUCCCCAGCAAGCGUCGACGGAGCCGUCGGGCAUACUGCGGUUCAGCCGGGUGCGCAGCAAGACUCCCGACCCGAGUUCCGAGUUGGCCAAGAGUCAGCCCACUCACAGGCGCAAUCUGGAUGUGCAGAAGGAGAACAAAAACCCCGAGCAGGGCGUUGAAGACAGUGCGAGCUCGAGCAAAACGAAAAGUGUUCUGCCAGCUGCGCCAGAGCGCAAGUUUCCCAAGAAGAAAGAGCCGCGUAGGCACACACUCGGUCACGGCAUAGAGUAUAACAUGCUGCGGCGUAUGAAGCAACUAGAGCAUGAAAAGGAUGCACUCCAACAAGGUCUGCAGGCCAUAGAGCGAGCUAGGGAGUGGUACCAGCAGCGGAUCAGUGCUGUUCAAGAAAAAAUGCAGCAGGCUGGGAAGUGUCACACUACACCAGAGUAUUCUAUGGAUGCCCAAGAUGAACGACUCAGAUUCCAAAAGGCUAGAAUCUUGGAUGCUAACCAACACCUCAAUGCACUGAUAGACAGUUCAGAAAAGGGCUUCCCAACACACAUGAAUUUGGCUGUACAGCCACCACCAUAUGAUGUUCAUCAAAACUCCAUAGUUCAGCGGCUGAAGGAGCAAAACCAUCUUUUAACUGAGGAAGUGAGCCAGAAGAGUGAGGUGAUUGCACAGCUGGAAAGAGAGAAAGCUACGCUGAUACGGGAGCUCUUCCAGGCUCGAUCACAGCACAGGGCCCCAGUUGAUGAGACGACUCUCAUGUGAAUGCAGGAUUACCUGCUUACUUCGGAAAGCCACUGCUAUGAGUGCCAUCUCUUGCAAAAGGCAGGGAGAUGUAAACAUUUGUGUGAGACUUUCUCUUCAAAAGCCCCAGAAGCACCACACUGACUGCAGGGACGUCAACAAGUGCGGACAAAUCAUUGUCUCUGUCAAUCGAGCCUGGCUGAAUUUCGGUUUGUUUUAGCCGCUUAUUGGAACCGCUUGGGUAGCAGAGAAAACUGUUAUGUUCAGAGCAGUUAGUUAGUUAGCCACUGCGGUCAGAAAAACAUAUUUGCAGGGAAGUAUUUGCUUUGAUUAUCUGAAUUGACAUUUCUUAGCCCUUUGUAACAGAGGUGCUCUUAGCCUCUGCUGGUCCCUCUGAGGCCACCUCUGCUAAUGUUUCUUUGUGAGACACUGUGUGUAGGGUUGUCAGAUGUAGGGUUGUCAGAUGUUGCUACAAAAUGUACUGCCAAAUGUGCCAGCCAGGAUUGUCCUGUACCAGCCGAGCAACAGAUCCUCUGCCUGCCAAGACGUCGACAUCGUUCUGCUGCUGCAUAAAGCACUACUGCUUUGAUCAUGCUGUGUGUACACCCUUGGCAAAAAUUCUCUAGCAUAAUCAGAUUGUUGAUGGGUCUGCGGCAUUCAGGCGACAUGUUCAGUCGAGGUUUAGCACUGCGUAUGUGUUACCUGUAAUACAUAAGCAGUAAUGUACGACCCAUGCUUUAUUACAUUUUUUGUUCAUUUUGCAGGUCGCAUUUGGUCGUAGGUCGCAUGGAUUUUCUGCAUGACAAUCUUGUGUGCUGCACAGUACUAAGUAUUCUGAUGAACUGAAACAGGGCAGAAAGCAAACAGGAGUGUAGAAUUGAUACUAUUAAAGGGACUCAGGAACAGUAGUUAUGCUGGCAUGAGACCUUAAUUUUUUUAUUUUUUCUCCUCUUGUUAGUGGUGGUCAUGGAGAAAGAAAAAUUGGGAGGCGCAACUUGGCUGCUUCCCACAUCUGCAUAAUAUAUUGCACAGAAGUACAGUCUGGCAGUAGGUCUUACAAGCUUCAAAAAAAAAAGUUUGCCGUGCCUGGCAUUUGGUCAUGUGAUAGUUAAUCAAAGCUAUGCAGUUUAUCUGUCCAACACCAGGUGCUCUUGUCUGCCCUCUGCUUCCACCUGUGUUUAUUCUUCCACCAGGGUGAGCAUAUUGGCCAACGGAAGGUUCACUCGCAUGCAGAGUUGCUUCAAAAUUUUCAGUUAAGACAGCCCACCGACUGCUCUUAGGUGGCCAUCUGUUAUAAAUGUGUGGUUAGUGUCAGAAAAAAAGCAGGAGUCUGUCAAAUUUUGUAAGUUGCAAAUAUUCAUGCCUACUUUUUCAAAUCAUCGUCACACGAUGCUCCAAAAUUGGAAGAGUCUCGCUGGCACUUGAAUACAGCUCUUUAGAUGAAUUUAAAUUCAUUUUUUUCAUCUGUGAAAUAGUUUGCAAAACCUUAUCAGUACCUAUACUAAGCAGCAUGAAGUUUUCAUCUUUCAAGAAGCCCCCUUCCGCAUUUAUAUUGAAGUUCCUUUGUUUAUAAAGUAUGCGACAAAGAAAGUGCAUUUUUUAAUACAGUUACUACAGUGUUGCAUGUUACAUUUUAGGAACGUAGAGCCUGGUUUUCAAAUUUUUAAACAGAACAAAUUUCUGAAAGACUAGGCAAUACUAUGUGUCCACUUACAACCUUAUGACUGUAUAUCUGUCUUGCUGCAGAUGCCACAUGACACUUCUGUAUGCUAGUAGCAGUAAAAUUGUUUCCAUAAGUGAGCAUUAUUCAGAUCAGUCUGCAAUGAUUUACUUCAAUAAAGUUAAAUGCAUAAAAUUCAGUAACCAGAAUGUGUUACCUUAUCAAAACUUUGACUUCAUUAUAUUCAGAAUUAGUAAAGUUUUGAUGUUGCCAGCUUUAUGCAAGUAGAAAAGUAUCUUGGUAGGGCAGAAGCAUCAUGCUGUUGAGCUUUAUGCGUCUACUGCUGCGCUUUCUGAAGCCAGUUAUUGUUGAUAGUCAUUGACGUGGAUCAACAAUUCCAUGUCCUCUGCUGUUCUUGAUCAGCAAAGGUCUCUCCCAUGAUCUGCCAAUCAACCCGGUCUUGCAUUUUCUGUUACCACGUUAUACCAGCGAAUUUUUUAAAUCUCAUCGGCUCAUCUAACUUUGUCUCCCCUUCGUGCGUUUGCUUUCUCUGGGAAUCCAGUCAGUUACCAUUAGACCAGUGGUUAUCCUGCCUACGGGCUAUGUGCCCGGUCCAUGUUCAUUUUUUUCUUCUUCAUUUCAACUAUGAUAUUCGUAACACCAGUUUGUUCCCUGGCCCACUCUGCUCUCUUCUUGUCUCUUUAGGUUACACCUAUCAUUUUCCUUUCCAUUGCUCACUGCAUUGUCUUCAAUUUAAGCUAAACCCUCUUUGUAAGCCUGCAGGUUUCUCCUCCAUAGGUAUGUACUGGCAAGAUGCAGCUGUUAUAUACCUUCCUUUUGAGGGUUAGUAGAAAUCUACCAGUCUUCAUUUGAGAAAUCUUGCCCUAUGUGCUCCACCUCAUUCUUAUUCUAGUUAAUUCAAUCUCGUGGUUUUGCUCUGUGGUUACUGCCUAUCCUAUAUAGACAUAUUCCUUUAUUACUUCUAGUGUGUCUCCACCUAUCACAAACUGUAGUUUUCUGCCGGGACUGUUGCACAUUACUUUAGUUUAUUGCAUAUUAAUUUUCAGACCUACUUGUAGUACUACUUCUAGCUGUACUUGAUACAAAGGCAUAAAUAAAAAAAUUUUCCAAAAGCGAGGCAUCUUUGACAUUUCGGAUCGCUGGCUUUACUCAACUUCACCAUUUACACAAGUUGCAUCGGGAGUACACAAAUGACAUCGGUUGAAAGAACACAUCCUUAUAAUAUCCUGCCAUAAAUAUCCAUCGCAUGCAAAUUGAUUGCGUUGGAUAAACCGCGAUUCUAAUGUUGGAUAUAUCAUCAUUUGUGGAAUCAUGAUAUAUCCAUCGAAUUUGAUCUGCACAAAGUGCUGCCUUUUGUGUACUGAUGAUGUCGCCUGCGUUGGUGGCAAAGCGUUCUUGUUUUUUUUUCAUUAUUGUUGAGUAAAGCCGGUGAUACAAAGGGUUGAAACCAGACACGCAUAUCAUACACAGUGUGCCAGCAAUGUGUAACCAUUAUUAUUACAUGUACAGUGUUAAUUUUGCUUGUCAAAUUAGCUAUUUUAAAGCUAAUUUAAAUGAAGCAUGGCAAAAUGUAAUAAACUACCAGCUGCUUGCUCCCUACUCUGUGAUCGAGAUAUUUCUCGUGUGCCACAAUUGCAGCCGUGACCGCAUCAACUCAAAAGUUGCUCAGGGUAAUUUCACUGCAUUUGUCUGUGUACUUGUUUUGUUUGCUCACUGUAAUUGCCAGUGCAUUGUGUACAUCUAGCUAGGGUCCAUUAUAGUGUUCCUUAGUUGUCAGCAGUACCUCGUAAGGGUGCUGCUGAUUUUAUGACUCAACUCACAUGCACGAAUAAGACUGCUGCACAUUAUGUGCCUUGCUCUUAGAAUGUUUCUGGUGUUUAGCAGGGAACACUUCAGACUUGCAGAGAGUAUCCUUUGAAAUGACACUUCUGUUUCAGUAUAAGUGCCUCACAUAUGCCUCGGAUAUGUAAAAUCAUAUUCCUGUCUUACCUUUGAUUUUAAGCUUGUACAUGGUUGUAUGCAAGUUUUCCAGGCAUCCGUUUGUGCUUGUAACAACAUUGUACGCAUUGCAAUGUUUGAGGUUCAUUUCGUUAUUGCCAGCAUUCUUUUGCUGUCUGUCGUGCCCUUUACAGCAACAUUUGCAUUUUAUGACACAACAGUAAGGUUUCAUUUCCACAUUUCUGAAAUAUAUCUUUAGGUAGAACCUGAUCCAGCACGAGCAUCCCAUAUGGCUUUCACACUAGAAAAUUGGUGCAUGAAAUUCAAUUAAUUUCAUGUGAUUCAGCCCACGUAGCAUACUUCAAGGUAAACUUGUGUCAUGAAUUUUAAGGGUUUUCUUUUACCUAGGCCAACCGUGACAGGGGGAUAAGUUUGCGGGUAUUGGUAGCUUGAGAUGGCAGCCAUGCUGCUCUGCCGAGCUGGCACUGGCAUAUUAGAAAGUGCCACCUGUCAGUUCUUUUUGCUUUGCUUUUUACUGUGCACCAAAUAUGUGCAUAUGUCUAGCUGCAAUAUUCUGUUGCAUAGUGGUUUAAUCUGCAACAGGUUUUUUUUUUUCAGUUUAUUUUUCUCUUCAAAAUCAAAAGUGCAAGCAUUGUGAAUUUUUCUUAGAGUUUGUUACAUAGGAAGAGAGUUAUACAAAUGUUUAAUGUUUAAUGAACAUUAAGUUGUAUACAUUCAUACCUUGGUUUCUUCCAAUGGCUGCCCUUGCUUGCUUGUGCGAUGUCUGCCUUCAUGUCUUGUUGUUCUUUCUACAUCAUCAGUGCUUUUUCGUCUCGGUGCCUAUUCGCAUUGUUGUAGGUAGAUGUCAUCUGUAUUACACUGGUAUCAUUCCAGUUGCCGGUCCAAUUAUGCCAAAAAACACUCCAUUGUUUGGCUUGCAUGCACAAGUUAACUUUCCUUUGAUCUACUUAACUUUUUUAUGACUGAGUCUGGUAUACAAGAAAUCUUGUUUACGAAUGUUCUGCUGAUACCAGCCAUGAAAUGAAGGUGCCUUUUUUUCUACUCAUGACUAUUAUGUAUAUGUAUUGUGAUGAAAUGACCCGUUUAUAAGAAGUAAGCAAUUUAUAUGGAAAUCCUGCCAUUUUACACAGGUGUUCCUUUCAUAAAGUUCUUACACCCUCCUAAUAUAUAUUUUAUGUUGCUUUGCUGAAAAAAAUUUUGUUGCAUAUGUACAUAUAAGAAAUUUUUGCUAUAUGUAUCUUGAAUGCUAUAAUACAUAUUUUGAAUAAACAGUAUUGAAGGCCUUUACUGGCCAAUACAAGG